AUUAGUAAAAUAAAGUUGAAUUGGCUAACAAUAACGGAUUUUAAAAAACGUAUUCCUAAACCAAAAGAGCCGUAAGCCCUUAUUGGAACAAAGUUAGUUUUGCAAAAUGAUACGCUUUUCUCCAACCGGUAAGGUUUUUCGGAUCUGGCGAAGAUUUUCGUCAUUGAGUGCCAAUACCAUGCCAAUAACAGAAACAAUAACAGAUACAUUUCGAACUAAUGAACUUGAUCCAGUAAAUCACAAGAAGGAUCAUGAUGGACAUUUCUAUUCAAUUUCACAAACAAUCAAAAAGCAACUUUUUGCUGGAGGAGGAUUACCAAAGGAGUAUAAAGAACUGAGUGACACCCUAAAUGGAUUGUCCAUCAUGGUUAGGAAGCCUGCAAUUGAGCUAAUUACAUAUUUAAACAAAACCAACUUUGAUGCUCCGGUUACCAGAUUUGUGUUGUAUGGAAAGACUGGGUCAGGAAAAUCAGUUUCCCUGGCACAUAUCCUCCAUUAUGGCAGCAGUGCUGGAAUGGUCUUGGUUCAUGUACCGUGGGUUCCUAAUUGGGUUAGGUUCCCUAAAGGUUGCACACCUUCUGCGAUUCAUCCAAAUAAGUAUGAUCAUCCAAUUGAAUCAGUAGAAUGGUUAAGGCAUUUUAGCACACAGAAUGGACCACUAAUGCAAAAACUUCAGUUGCAGACAACCGAAACUUAUACGUGGAGCAAGCGAGAAAUGACAGCUGCAGGCUCCUCAUUAAGCGAAUUGAUAGAUUUGGGUUUGAACAGGGCAAAAUAUGCAACAGAUUGCGUAGCUGCUUUAUUGGGUGAACUAAAAAAAGCAGCUGUAGGCAAACGGUGUCGCGUUCUAGUUGUCAUCGAUGGAUUUAACGCCUUCUUUUCGCCGAAAUCAAGAGUACGAAGAGAAGACAAAUCAUUUGUUUUGCCUACGGAAUUUGCGCUCACCGAUGCAUUCCUUUCCCUUACAAGGAAUGAUUGGAAUAACGGAGCAAUCAUUGUAUCUGUUGAUGCCGCGGCCCAUCCGUCGGAACUGCGCGAGUCUCCUCUUCCAAGAUACCAAUUGGGAAAACAAGGUUUUGAGCAUUUAGACCCAUUUAUCCCAAUCGAGGUCCCCAACUAUAAUGAAAAAGAAUUUCACUCGCAAAUCGACUAUUACAUUGAACGAAAUUGGCUUCAGCAACCUAAAGCUCGCACUGACAGGGGGCGAGCUGAAUUAAGCUUUACUAGCGGCAACCACCCUCUCAGCCUGAUGAAGCUUGUCGCCCCAUACUGAAAACAAAACAAGAAUACAUGUUCUGUCAUAGUUUGAAACGUCUAUUUAACAAAAUAAUAUUAAAUUAAUUGUAUUCAUUUAUGCCGAUAUUUCAUGGUGGUCGGUUGAUUUCUUCUAUUAAGAGAUUCCGGAGGAUCUGUGUCAGCAGGGCUAUCAUAAGCGGUUGCGAUAAAAACACACUUAGCUUUACUUGAA